AUAUGUUUGUCAAAUGCACACCGGCAAUAAGAUUUUUGUUUAGCCCAGUUGAAAUAGUAAAUAUUGUAUAAUCACGUAAACAAUAAGACAUUUCUUAAAUUAAUUGUGCUAUAAUUUUUAAUAAUGUGGCCUAUUCUAAUGGCAAUAUUAAGACGAAAUGCGGUCUACAUAACACUCCCUAUUGCUGGAGUUGUGGGAUUCAUUGGGUACAACCUGGAAAGUAUACUGUCUGAUAAAUACACGCCAUAUAACAAAUCCAUACUUGAAAAUCGAGCUGAACGAUUAGCGGAGGAAGAGUUGGCUGAUCCAACACGUGUGGAGAAGUUGCGGCUAAAUGUGAAUGUUCUAGAAAGAAAUUUGUCUCCUUCCUUGCAACCAAAGUAAUUAUUAUAAGACUAUGGUACUUUAGGAUUGAAAUACUCGUAUUUGCUUCUAAAAUUUUUUGUAUUUUGUUUCAUUAAAAUGAUGUUUUCAUCUAAAAUCUUUUUCACAUCUUAUGUAAGAAAAAAUAGUAAAUAUUAUAUGGUUUAUGGAUGUUAUGAAAUCGCAAUAUAAAAUAAUGUAAUUGUAUAAGAAAAA